AUGAAGUCGUACAACAUCGCAAACAAGGCCAUGCACCGCCGAUCCAAUCUAAAGCCCCCAAAAUUUCCCGAGCUCGAGAGUAAAUUGGCCACUUGGGUGGACGCAGCAUAUGCCAGUAAUGUGUGCAUUACUCGACCCAACCUAAACCAAAAAGCCCUUCGCCUCGCAGCUCAACUUGGCAUUAGCCAGUUUAGCGCUUCCCAAGGAUGGCUCUUCGAGUUUCAAUGGCGACACAACUUCCGGGUUCAUCGCCUCCAUGGCGAAAGUGCUUCGGUUGAGCCCAACGUAGUCAAGACCGGUCAGGAAAGCCUCUUGGUGGAUACGGGAUUUUAUGAAGCCUGA